GUCCGGAGCAUUUUAAUACUUCAUCCGUCCCUUAAUAAAAGACACACUUUACUUUUUUGGGAUCUCUAUAUAAAUACACACAGGGGCGGAUCCAGGAAUCUGAGAUGCCCUGGGCUGAAAGGAAUUAUACUAGGCUUAAAUAUUAGAGGGGUGGACUAAAUGUGAAAAAAAAUUACACUAAAAAAAUUGAAAAUUUUCCAAGUUAUCCUGGGCUUCAGCCUACCAUAGCCAAUACAUAGAUCCCUGAAUACACAUUUCCUUUUUUAGCACCAUGCAUAAUUUUACCUCGACUCCGAGUAAGACAGUACAAGGUGAAAUCGAUCGAAGGGAAGAUGGCAGGCAAGACAUUUACUUAAUUACGGAGUAGAUGCGUUUUGUUUUCUUUUACACUUUGUUUUUUUUUCUCCUAAUCAAUAAUGAGCGCAGGAGGCAAUGCGGAAGAAGUUGUGGCUUUGUUGUUUUGGGGCGGGGAAAUGAUAAAGCGAGGAGAUCUCGGGUCUGUGGAUUAUUCAGAUCCGCCAAAAACGAUGCGUUUCUUGAGUCGCCACAGUGGCCACGAAGAUCUCGUGGCGGAGGUGCAUUCGGCGAUGAACACCGACGAAGAGGAAACGAGUUUGGAUCUGUUCGGGAAGUACGCGACGAGGGUGGACGGAGAGAAGUUGGUGUUCGUCUCUAUUCCGCUCACUGAUGAUCGAUCGUGGCGGUGGUUUUUGAAGUCGGUGGAUCUCUCCCAGCCCCUUCAUGUGUAUGCCUCUGCCACUGGAAAGAGCAGAGCACCAGAUGCUGAGGGCUGCAACCCCAGGGCGCGUGCUUCAAGGAGCGUGCGGCGGAAGAGAACCGGAGGCGCGUGGUCUUCGUCGUCGUCGAUGCGGAUCUUUGUGAACACCCUGAGGGAGAAGACGGUUACCUUAGAGGUCGAAUCAUCGGACACUGUUGGUGAAUUGAAGGAACAAAUAGAGGAUUCGGCAGGCUAUCCGCCUGACCGGCAGCGCCUCAUCGUCGGGGGAAGGCAACUGGAGGACUGUAAGACGCUUGCCGACUACAACAUCCGGCAUAGUUCCACUCUCCUCCUCGUCCUCAGGGCUUGAUUUGAAUAUAUGUAUCUAGCUUCUCUAGCACGAGCCAUUGAACCUUUCCUUUUGCCAUCUCAGAUAUGGAGUAUUUGGUUCAUCUUUUUUGUUUUUGGUUCAUCGAUUUGAAGCGUUGCGAGAUGAAUGGAUUGGGUUUUCUAAUCAAAGUUUAGGUAUUACGGGGUAAUAUUCAGCUGGCUGCAUAACCUCUAUUGACUCAAAGGGCUAUCUGUACAAUUAGUCGAUUACAAUGAACGUAUUUUGAUGUUUCGUGGUUAUUACAUUGUGCUCUUUCCGUCC